AUGCUCAGUUUGGCGAAGAAGAACCCGAGAACGGAGAAAGAGGCAGCGAACUUGCAGCUCGCACUGCUCAACACGUGUGUGCGUGAGCUGAAAGACCCGACAGAAGUAUCCAAGCUGCUGAACGCGGGUACUUUUGACAUACUCGUGCAAAUGUACACCCGGAAACACAACUGGGUGGUGAACAGCGCGGGGGAUAAACUCUUUGACAAGCCGCAGCUAGAAACGUGGUUGAAGUACGUCGAAGUCCGACACGGCGAAACUCGGAAAAGAAAUGGAAACGGCGCAGCUCAAUGGGUGGAUGAGCAGUCAGAGGCACCCCACGUCGUGUUUGAGUUGCUGAAUUUGAACAUGGCAGGCGACGAUGUCUUAGCAUCAACACUUAAGUCGCCUAUCGGGCGCUUUUUGGCAGAAAGAACCCGAUAG